AUGUCGUCGACCUCCCCUCAACCUGAAGCAGGACCUUCUAGAGCCACCGAAACCGCAGAUAUUAUCUCUCCCUCCCCAAAAGUCAGCAAGAAACAGACUGUUGAUCAAUUGAAAGAUGGAUUGAGGGAAAUGGGUCUGGAUACUAAAGGUAAAAAAGAAACUUUAUGGCGUCGUUUAGUCAAUGCUAUACAUAGAGCAACGGCUCGAGAUCCCAUAACGGACGACUCAGAUGCGUCCGAGCAUAACGGUGAUUUGAGCAUCCAGUCACAAGGUGAAGGAGAUAUGACAAUCAGGAUACUUAAACAGAGGUAUAAGACCUUCCUCUGUUUUGACGUGGAAGCUACUUGUAGACCUGGAAAAGAGUUUGAUUGGCCCAACGAGAUCAUUGAAUUCCCAGUGGUUCUUCUUCAGUGGACCGAACCAAAUACCGAAGGUAAAAGAAUACUCGUCAAAGUAGAUCAAUUCAGGUCUUAUGUCAAACCAACUUGGAAACCCAUCUUGACUGAUUUCUGCAAAAAUCUUACCGGAAUCUCUCAAGAGACAGUCGACAAAGCACCCACUUUCCCUCAGAUGCUCAAGAAGUUUGAGAAGUGGAUGGACAAGUGGGAGUUGAGGGAUGAGAAAGGAUUGAAAGAUGCCUUGUGGGUUACAGAUGGGCCUUGGGACCUACGAGACUUUGUAUCAAAACAACUUCACAUCACUCCUCCCUCUCCGUUUCCCACAUAUUUCCAUGGCCCAUAUCUUAAUGUCAAAUUCGCAGUCCAAUCCGUCCUAUCAGAAUUGCACAGACGAACGGCAUACGCUUCUGAGCAUCCUGGAGAUGAACCGAACGAAAGAGCUUUGUCUGUAAUCACAACUUCUAAAAUUGGGAAAAUAGAAAAGAAGACUGGGAAAAGUAAAGAUUACGGAAAAUCAAAGGGAUUCUAUUUUAACAUUUCAGGAAUGGUAGAAGCCCUUGGUCUGGGUGAAUUCGAAGGAAGACAACAUUCCGGACUGGAUGACGCGACAAAUAUUGCCCGCAUCCUUAUCGCCUUAUCAGAGAAAGACAUCAUUUUCGAGCCUAAUGGGACCAUUCAUCCGCUGGGAAAGGGAAACAGAUAUCCGUGGAUGGGAGAAAGAGGCGAGGUGAAAUGGGAAGAUUGGAUGAGUACGAAUAAACCUAUGGGCGAAGCUACAAGUGGUGGAGUGCAAGAAGCGAAAGAAGCCAUGGUCAAUUUUGGGAAGAAGGAUGCAGGCAAUCAACCUCUCCCUAUAGAUGAUGAGAAAAGAGGUGUUGUUGUUGUAAAAGAAGAGUCUCAAAGUCUGGAGAAGGAAGAAAUCGUAGGAUUGGGGAAGAGUUUCGAUGAACAGGUGGAGAUUGGGGAAGAAGAAAUGACGGAAAAAUUAUCCUCCCUGACAUUGGACCCUUCUUUGAACGAUCCUGGGAGUCGUUCCGAGAUCAUUACUAUCAUUUCUGAGAAGAAACUCAAUUGA